ACGAACCAGUGUGUUUAGGUAUUGACCUCGAGAGAAUACUCUGGCUAUUGUGUGAGAUGAAAUGUUAGUGCUGUAAGCAGGCGGCCAUUAAGUCUCAAUUUUCACAAGGGUUCAUAUUCAAGUAGUAAAAAGAGUUUUAUCCAAUCUUUUUGAGUUAGUGAUCUUUGUCUAAAAUGGGAAGGAAGAAGAAAAAGCCAUCAAAACCUUGGUGCUGGUACUGUAACCGAGACUUCGAUGAUGAGAAAAUCCUACUACAACAUCAGAAAGCCAAACAUUUUAAGUGUCAUAUAUGCCACAAAAAACUAUACACUGGACCUGGGCUAUCUAUACAUUGCAUGCAGGUACACAAGGAAACAUUGGAUAGAGUACCCAAUUCCCUUCCAAACAGGGGAAAUAUUGAAAUUGAAAUUUAUGGCAUGGAAGGAAUCCCAGAAUCUGAUAUUAGAGACCAUGAAGCCCAGAAACAAGCCGGCAGGAUAACAACUGCUGCAGGGGCAGACAGUAGUGAUGAAGAGGGAGGAUCUUCAGCAAAAAGAGUGAAAACUGCUCAACCUGCAGGUCAAGAAUCAACUGGUCCAAGCAUUCCAUCACUUGGAUCAAUGCCAAUAACCCCAAUGCUUGCAUCUCCAUUCAUGGGAAUGGGUCCCAUGAACCCUUACUUAGGACAUUUGUCAAUACCAAUGAUGGGAUCCGUGCCACAAAUGCCUCUCCCUGGUGGGGCGGCUUCUUCUCCUCAAACACCAUCAAAGCCCCUUUUUGCAUCCUCCAGUAGUCCUUCCUCCAGCAAUAGUGCCUCCAAACCAGCAUUUGCUGCAUACAGUUCUGGUGGUGCUGGAGCUACUAUUGUUGGUGAAUCAACUGUUCCAAAAAAGUCAGGUGUCAUUGCCACUCAAGCUGGUUCCAGCAAAAUUAUGCAUCCAGAAGAGGAUCUCUCAUUGGCAAAAUUGCGGGCACGGUUACCUCGCUAUCAAAGAAACUCAGUACCGACAAGCAUGCCUCAGAUGUCCGUUGCAAGCCCGCAGAAUACCACGGUCGGCCCUCUUUUAGAAAACCAAGCCUUGUCUGUUCAAAUUUUUAGCCAACUAGCUUCCAGAGAAGACCCUAUUCUCGUAGUUGUUAGGCAACAGAAAGCAGUUCUUUCCUGGCAACUCCCACUUCUGCUUGAAACCUCAAAUGGAUGGCAAGAGUACAGCAGCGUGAGUCGUCAGCUCUGCACCGAGCCGUUAGAUCGUAAUGUAAGUGUAGAACACGAAUUUUUCCUUGAUGUGUCCACGUCAGAUACUGAAAACUUGAGCUUUGUUGCUUCUGUUUCUCCUAUCGCAGACUUCGUUGUUGGACUGAACGAAAACCACACAGUCGCGUUGACGGCCUCUGAGCCAAAAUAUUACCGAUUUCGAUUUCCGGAAGAUAUCGAGAAUGUACUACUUACGGUUAUGUCAGAUGAUAACUACUGUAUGUCUGUCUCGGUCCAAAACCUAUCGUGUCCCGUGUUCGACAUGGAUCGUGAUCUAAAGUACGGUGGAAUUUGGCAAACAGUGAUGAGUAAAACUGGAAUGACCAUAAGCCGCGAAAGAUUUCCUUUCGGCUUUUUCCUUGUCUUUGUCGCUAAAGCUGACGACUAUGAAUGUACUGGCGAACGGAACAGCCCACCGUCUUUGAGACAGAAAACGGUUCACUUUGUCAUUCAUGAAAAGGUAAGCUACAGGGAUUUCAUGGCCGCCGUUAUGGGAGUCCUAGGAAUAUUCGCUCUCUUUUAUGUUGGGGCCUUUGUCGCCUUUUGCUUCAGACGCGGAAACACUGCCCCCGAUGUGUUAGAACCAAUUUUACUUGAAGCACAAAAUAGGCCUUCUGAUUAUGGAUCCAUCUCAACUCCACUUAUCGGUCGGGCUGCCACGAUAAGAAAUUCGGAAUCGGAAAAUCUUUCACGCUCAUCUUCGUCACAGGACAUUACCGAUAUUGAUCUUAUGCCCGAUGCGUACAGUGACAAAAAUGUUGUAUGGACUAAAACCUUUCUUUUCUUGGCUGACCUAUCUCACAAAGGGUCACGGUUCCACGGCCAAAAAUCUCAACGUUACAUGUGGAACUUGUUAAUUGUGUCGAUAUUUUAUGCUCUUCCAGUUUUGCAACUUGUCAUCAUUUACCAAAAAAUCGUAAACGAUACGGGUGAUCAAGACCUUUGCUAUUUCAACUUCCUCUGCUCUCAUCCUUUGGGAGAUUUGACUGAUUUUAACCAUGUCUACUCGAAUAUUGGCUACGUCCUACUAGGCUUUCUUUUCAUUAUAAAUACGGCUCGCCGAGAUGUUCGCAGGCGGCAACCACAAGCAAAUCACGAUCUACUAGAAAAUUUUUACGGAAUCCCUCAACACUACGGCCUUUUUUAUGCCAUGGGAACAGCAUUAAUGGUUGAAGGCGUACUAAGUGCGUGUUACCACAUCUGUCCGACACAUGCCAAUUACCAAUUUGACACCACAUUCAUGUACAUAAUAAGCAUGCUGUGUAUGUUGAAGAUCUACCAAACUCGACAUCCAGACAUCAACGCUGAAGCUCAUGCAGCUUUUUCCGUCCUGGCUUUUGUCGUGGUUCUCGGUGUCGUCUCAGUGUUUGAAAAAACUUUGGCAUUCCGAAUUAUUUUCUCAGUGAUUCAUCUACUGGUUUGCGUAGUGUUAUCUGCUCAAGUAUAUUACAUGGGGAGAUGGAAAUUCAACUUUGGUAUUUUCAAACGAAUUUACAUGGUCCUUUGGAUCGAUUUUCAAACAGGACUAUCAAAUUGGUUUCGACCAAUAUACGCCGAUCGCAUGUUCCUAUUGCUUAUAGGAAAUUUGGCUAACGUGGGGUUAUCGAUUUAUGGAUUGACGGAACGUCCAAAAGAUUUCGCUUCGUACAUGUUGACAAUUUUCAUCACCAAUCUGAUGUUGUACACUUCUUUCUACAUUAUCAUGAAAUUGCGUCAUGGUGAAAAAAUUCUGUGUCAGGCGGUAUUUUACAUUUGCUUUGCCUCAGUUUCGGGGGGCGCUGCAAUGUAUUUUUUCAUCAACAAGGCAUGGACAUGGAGGAAACGUGCUGCUGAAUCGCGAGUUUUAAAUCAGGAGUGUACGAUUCUCAAUUUCUACGAUUCUCAUGACAUUUGGCAUUUCUUAUCGGCUGCCAGCAUGUUUUUCUCUUUCAUGACUCUUCUUACCUUGGAUGAUGACCUAACCUACAUUCCACGAGAUAGAAUCCCGGUCUUCUAACUUACUGAAUUCAGCCUGCGCCCAUCUUUCUCCACGGAAUUGUACCAUGGAUUUAAAUUGACCUUCUAUAAAAACGGUUUUUAAACGCGCUAGUCUUUGUGGCAAUAAGGCUGUUGCAUGAGAAUAAUUGUUGCUUUAAAUACACAUGCUUUGUAGUCUA